GAUUGACAAGGCUGAGUUAGGCAGACUUCGCUUAGUUCGUCCGUAUUUGGGCAGGAACUUGGCCAAGCAUUUGGCUGCUGACACUGCCCCAGCCCCGCCCUCGUCGAGUGCUCACAUACUACUACUGAGGGUGACAAGAUGCCGAAGAGAGUGCAUCGACCGUUCAGACCAGUACCAGAUCACAAACGAACCGAAUUGACAUUACAUCGCGCAAUAUCCGAAGUCGCUGCACGUGGAUGACGUCAUGCCAGACGCUAAGACCGGCGAUAGAAUAGCGGCCCGUCAGUGUUGGGAGUGCUUCAAACGACGCCUGGUAUGCGAUCGCACCCUACCGUCAUGCAAGAAAUGUACCAAGACUGGUAAGAAAUGCCCCGGAUAUAACGAGCAGAAGCCGUUGCAAUGGGUGGAACCGGGAACUGUGACGCUUCGGCGGAAGAAGAAGGAAAGUCGGCCAACAACAUCCACCAUCAGCACAAGGAAAUCCGGGAGGACCGCGCCUGCUGUUUCAAGUGGGCCCGAUGCUGCUCCUGAGGUAAUCAGGGAGACAAGUCCGCUAGAGCUUCUCGGACAAGGAAGGUGCUUGUCUUUCCAGUGGCCCGUCGUCGAAGAGCUUCAGCUUUCCCCAGAGGCAAUCGAGCUAUCCAAGAGCCAACUUGCAAAUCUGUUGGUGCAAGAAGACAAGCCAGCAUGGUGGCGCAAACUUGAAAUCGAGAAGCAUGUAGACCCCGUUGAGCUAAUAGCUGCAGAGGCCGGAGCGGGCUGUGGGGUGGGCGAACGCAUCAUGUGCAUUGGCAACAAAGACCAGAUCAAGGAAGUAGUAGAAAGAGGCCAGCACUGGGAAGCCGCACUACUUUUGCAGUCGAAUCAGAGGCCUCUCGCCAAGAUACAAAGACUGCUCGAGGUCAUGGAGAUGAACAGACUUCCAUCGUACGAUUUCUUGUCGGAUGAGACGCACGACGUGGUACAAGCUGUCAAUUACUUCAACACUAGGAUUUAUCCUGAUAUCCAAGAAACGGACUGCCUAGCACCCAAUCCAGCGGUGGUUCACUUCCCGGUAUGGGCAUUGCAUAUAUUGGCUCCGCCAAUGCAUUAUACCACGGUCUGCCUGAGUCUCAACUACCAUUUGACCUCGUCGUCUCUAGGCAAGGACCGUGCGACUGUUGCAGACAAUCGCCUGAAGAUCUACCAUUAUCGAGGCCUUGCUAUCCGCGCUCUCAAUGAGAAUGUCGCGAGGAAGGAAACCCGCAGUAGCGAUCAGACAAUCGCCAGUAUUCUCAUGUUCAUGGCAAUGGAGGUACAUAGCUCUACAGAUGUAGACUGGAGAUUGCAUGCAGAUGGAAUGAAGCGACUUAUAGAUAUGCGUGGUGGAUUUGAACCACUACGACACGCAGUUCCUCACCUGACGUCAGCGCUAGUGAUCUUCGUCCUCAUUGUAACGUUUUCGAACAGUCUUGGUCCAGCAUCGCGUCAAAUAAGUAUCACUGAGCCACUCGAACAGCAUAUCGAGGAGGUGGAGAAGUUGUACAGCCUUAUACUCCCUUACACACUGUGUCCGUCAACACUCUUCAUUGAGAUCAUCCGCAUCAACCGCCUACGUAAACAGCUCAGCCGCUCGUCCAUCGUGGAACCGCACCAGUACACCCAAUACGCACAAAGCAUUCUUUCUCGUACCGAAUCCUUCGUCCCAAGAGAAUGGGCGCAGUCUAAAGACCAAGUAGAUGGCUGGCAGCUGAUCGGAUCGAUUUGGCAGUCUGCAAUCGUACUCUACUGCAUAAUGUCGUUGCAAGCUUUUGACGUUCUUCCCAGCACCACAGAGAUCGACACCAUGCGAAUGCGACAUCGUGAUCGUCUCUUUAAAGAUCUGAAGGCUGCCACACGAUUAAAACAGCUCAAGAAGAUAUCGACAUUUCCACUGUGUGUACUUGGGGUGGAAGCGGGCUAUCAUGUUCAGCAAAGCACUCAGAUCUGGAUUGAACGGCACUUGGAGGAGCAUGCUCGCCUUCUCGGCAGUAAUAGCCCUUUGAAGGCGCGAGAAGUGCUCCGACGAUACUGGCGGCGAAAGAAACCUGGUUGGAAUGAGUGCUUUGAUGAGCCGUCCACAACUCUUGUGCCAGCGGGUGUCUGUUGAUCUUUCUGACGAAUCGAUGCCGUCCUGACGUUAUGCAUCGGCCAACUGAAGCAUAUUU